AUGGAGGGUGUUAAUGCAGUGGCUGAAUUAGCAGGAAGUGUAGAGAACAGUGCUGCAGAAGGUGAUGGAGACCACUGGGGAUAUAGAAUGAUGGAGCGGUGUCCGUCGCAGUCGUCGCUGGACGAGUCGUCGCAGCGGCGCGAAGCUGGCGAGCGAGAGGCGGGCUCGCAACACGCGGCGCAGCUGCUCAGCGCACUCGCGGCGCUUCGCCAGAACGCGCUGCUGUGCGACGUGCGCCUGCAGGCGCAGGCCGAGGGCGCCACGGAGCCCGGUGAGGGCACGUGGGCGCAUCGCGCGGUGUUGGCCGCUAGCUCGCCUUACUUCCGCGCCAUGUUCACGCAGUUCACCGAGCGGACGCGCCCCACCGUCACCAUACAGAACGUGGAGCCCGAGGCGUUGGAGGCCAUAAUCGAGUACGUGUACGAACCCGAGUCGCUCGCGAUAACGGAGGACAACGUGCAGGCGUUACUGUCGGGCGCGUCGCUGGUGCAGGUGGGAGGAGUGCGCGCGGCCUGCUGCGCCUUUCUGGCCACCGCGCUCUCGCCCGACAACGCGCUCGGCAUCCGUGCCUUUGCCGAGAUGCACGCCUGCGCCGCGCUCGCCGCCGCCGCCGACGACUUCGUGCACAAGCACACGCUCGACGUGCUUCAGGCCGAGGAGUUCCUCGCGCUCGAGCCGGCGCCGCUCGCUCGCCUGCUCGCCUCCGAUCACCUCAGCGUGCCCGGCGAGGAGCCGCUCCUCGACGCGCUGCUGCGCUGGCUGCGGCACGAUCCCGACGCGCGCCGCGAGCGCCUCGCCGACCUGCUCGAGCACGUGCGCCUGCCGCUGCUGCCGCGGGACGUGCUCGUCGCGCGCGCCGCCGCCGAGCCUCUCGCGAGCGCGCCGUUGCGCGUCAAGGACCUGCUCAUCGAGGCGCUCUCCUUCCACCUGUCGCGGCCGGAGCGCCGCGCCGCCGCCGCCGCCGAGUGCGCGCGGGCCAGACCGCGACGGCCGCCGCGCUCGCCGCGCGCGCUGCUCGUGGUCGGCGGCCAGGCGCCCAAGGCGGUGCGCGAGGUGGAGGCGCUCGAGCUGGACACGGGUCGCUGGGGCGCCGCCGCUCAUCUGCCGACGCGCCGUUGCCGCGCCGGUCUCGCGGUCGUCGGCGGGCGGCUCUACGCCGUCGGCGGUUUCAACGGCACGCUGCGCGUGCGCAGCGUCGACGUGUACGACGUCGCGACCGAUUCCUGGAGCGCGGGUCCGCCUCUGACGGCGAGGCGAUCGACGCUCGGCGUGGCGGCGAUCGGGCAGGUGAUCUACGCCGUGGGCGGGUUCGACGGGGCCGCGGGUCUCAGCUCGGCCGAGGCGCUGGACCCUCGCGAGGGGGCGUGGCGGCCCAUCGCCGGCAUGAGCACGCGGCGCUCGUCGGUGGGCGUGGCCGUGCUCGAGGGCAAGCUGUACGCUGUGGGCGGCUACGACGGAACCUCGCGGCUCUGCCUCAGCUCGGUGGAGCGCUACGACCCGGCGACCGACGCGUGGGAGCCGGCGGAGGAGAUGAGCGCGAGGCGGUCGGGGGCGGGCGUCGGCGUGGCGGGUGGCGCGCUGUACGCGGUCGGGGGCCACGACGGGCCCGCCGUGCGGCGCUCCGUGGAGCGGUACCGGCCCGCCGAGGGAUGGAGCCCGGCGCCGCCCAUGGCGCACGCUCGCCGCAACGCCGCCGUGGCGGAGCAUCGCGGCCGCCUCUACGUCGUCGGCGGCGACGACGGCGCGGCCAACCUCAACACGGUCGAGGUGUUCGACCCGGCCACGGAGCAGUGGUCGAUGCUGGGCAGCGCGAUGACCCUGGGGCGGUCUUACGCGGGCGUGGCGGUAGUGGAACGCGGCCCCUGA